CAUACAAUGUCGAGCCCAUUCACAACAAUAAACUUGACAGGGACGUCUGAGAAGCAAACAUUUAUUAACAUCUCACAUCUCAUCAACGUCUCAUUGUGAGUCAACAACAAGAUGUCAAACUCAGGAGGUCGCAGACUGAAGCAGUGGCUGAUUGAGCAGAUCCAGAGUGGACAGUAUGCUGGGCUCCUGUGGGAGGAUGGAAGCCGAAUUAUGUUUCGAAUUCCAUGGAAACACGCAGGGAAACAGGAUUACAAUCAAGAAAUAGAUGCAUCCAUUUUCAAGGCAUGGGCCGUGUUUAAAGGCAAAUUCAAGGAGGGCGAUAAGGCCGAACCCGCAACUUGGAAGACCAGGCUGCGUUGUGCGCUUAAUAAAAGUCCAGAUUUCGAGGAGGUGACAGAACGCUCUCAGUUGGACAUCUCGGAGCCUUAUAAAGUCUACCGAAUCGUACCUGAGGAUGAGCAGAAACAUGGAAGAAGCUCCAUGCUGUCGGUGGCAACCAUCAGCAGCUCUGGUAACAUGGACUUGGACUGCAGUCCUACAGACAUAGAAGGACUAAUUAAAGAGGAAGAAGGCUGUCGGAUCCAGACAAGUCCCGAGUAUUGGCCACAGACAAGUGCCAACGCCUUCUCACUGCAUCACGAUCCGUUACCGUCUGGCACUUACAGCUCAGCCUUCUCCCAAAUGAUGAUCUUCUUCUAUUACGGAGGCAAAUUGAUGAACAACACAUUGGUCACACAUCCCGAAGGCUGUCGCAUCUCCCCGGCCCAGCAGCACCUAGGGCGCGGUACACCCUACAGCUCGGACAGCAUGCAGAGCGUUUAUUUCCCUCCUGCCGAACUCAUCGAGUUUGAACGGCAGCGCCACGUCACCCAAAAGCUUUUGGGCCACUUGGAGCGAGGGCUUCUCCUGAGGGCCAAUCAGGAGGGCAUUUUCAUCAAGAGGCUAUGUCAGAGCAGAGUUUUCUGGAGUGGUCUGGCUGAUGUGGGCUCACAUUAUAGCCCAGUGCCUUGUAAACUGGAAAGGGAUUCUGUGGUGAAGAUUUUUGACACUGGGAAAUUUCUUCAUGCACUGCAACUGCACCAGGAAGGUCAGCUUCCAGCUCCUGAUCCCACGGUGACGUUGUGUUUUGGAGAGGAGCUUCAUGAUCUCAGCACUGCCAAAAACAAGCUGAUAAUCGUCCAGAUCACGGUGGUGAAGUGUCAGCAGCUGCUGGAAGCGGUGAAUUUGCGGCGCUCGCAGCCGUGCUGCUCCAACAUGGAGAUGUGCGAUGACGUCUCAGCAGAGCAGAUGGCCAACAUCUACCGGGACCUGUGCAGCUACAGUGGUCCCCAGAGGUCUGCCUGCUACAGAGAAAACAUGCCCAUUACCGCCUGAGGGUCAGCAAGAGCGCACAUGCAACUUAUUUGAAAAACUCUUCUAUUCCCUCCAAACUGAGCUUAUUUCCAAAGUUUAAAUCUCCAUUAUUUUGUACAUUGGUGCUAUUUUUGUAUUAUAUACAAAAAUCAACUGGCACUAGCUGACCACAACAUUUGAUAUACCUUCACCAUCUAUGAUCUCAAUUCAACUCAAACCUUUGUACAUCGUUUGCUUCAAAAAAACAUACAGCAGGGGUGUCAAACUCAUCGUUGACACGAGCCACAUUGUGGUUCUGGUUUCCGUCAGAGUGAAAUUUUAUCUGCCCACCCAUAUAAACGUAUGACUGCCUCAUGACUACAUAUACACAACAAAGUCAAUGAUUGGAACACCAAGACUGAAAUUUAGGGUUGGAAGUAGAAAGCUGGUAUAAAUCGAUUGGCAUUUUCAUUCAUUUUCACUAUAUUACUGAUAAAUACAGUAGUUAAGCAGUUCAUUCAUACAUUAUUGCCAACAACUGUGCUUAAAGGGGAAGUUCAGAAUUUUUGACAUUAGGCUUCAAAUUAGCGAGGGUUUAAUUAGUCAGUGGAGUUGGUUUCAACAAAUUCCGUGCAGUUUGUUAGUUAUUUGUUAGUUUCAGGGCUCCGGAGUGGCUAAGCUAGUGCGAGUCAAUGGGUUUUGCUAACAUGCCAAUUAAAAACGAUAUUAACAGAUCUAACAGUUCAAACAAAGCCAUGUCGUGGUCAAAGACUUAACACUACAGGGCGUCAGGGUGAAAUCAGCGGUGAAAAAAGCGAUGUGACGUCACUCCAUCCUGCUUCCCUAAACAGCCUGUUCCCUGCAGAGCUGCUGGAUUACAAACGUUGCUGUUCAUACUUCAAUUAUUGACAUGCAAUGGUAAGUUUUAAUAACUUUAUCUUGAAAACAGAGCCAACAGUAUUGAUUGCAUGGGUCAUCGGCGAUUCUCAUGCAUGCACAUGUUGUUUUUUUAUUGGCACGGAAUUUGUUGAAACCAUCUCCACCAACUAAUUAAACCCCGCUAACUCGAAGAUUAAGCCUAAUGUCAAAAAAUUCUGAACCACCCCAUUAAGUGUGGAGCAGAGUUUUGUCAGCUAACAAAAUUAUUUUAGAAUAAUAAUAUCAAUAAAUCAAGGGUGUAGGUUUGGGCUCAACAUGAGUAAGGACGAUAUAACAGCAUAACAUGCAUGUACACUUUUUGCUGGGGAAGGGACAUUAAUAAGACCAAACAGAUUGGGUAAACGGGGGUCAGGGCAACAUUUUUCACGAAUAUGAACUUAAUUAAUUGAUAGGCUAACUGAUCAUUGCAAAAUAAAUCUUUAUUGAGUUAUAACAGUGCUUCUCAAUUAUUUUCUGUAACGCCCCUCAUAGGCGCUCAUGUGCUGGUCCUCAUGGUCAACACAGUUUUCAAAAAACAACCGCUUUUGUCCACCAGCAUCACUAAAAUCGACCAAAACUGAAAAGUUACCAAGUGUUGCUUUAAGACCACAUAAACAAACCAAAAAAAAAAAAAAAAAAGGGUAGAAGGGGGUAAACCUCGGAUCAAUACAUUUCUCACAGUUUAAUUAACGUUAACAGCAGAAAAUUCAUACAAAGUGGAGGACACUUCCCUCUAAACAGCUUCCUACUCGAGUUUUAUAGGUUAGCAAAUUCACACAGUUUAAUGUUAUGCAAACUCUGAUGCAGGUUGUAGCAAAAUUUCCAUAGCAAAAUUAGUGAUGUGUUCCCCACCUCCAUAACAGUGACAUCUUAUUUACAUUACUUAGAGUGGCUGCUGCUGGCUGAAAAUCUUUGAAGGGGGCGGAUAAGGCGGCAUGUUGGUGACAUGUAUUUUUGUCGGGUCAGUGGAUGGGUGCGGGGUGUGUCAUCAGCCAAUCAAAUGUGAGUUUGGGGGGGGGGGUGGACUAGCACGUUCAGCAAGUGAAAAAGGGGUAAAUAUAAGUCUGAACAUAAUGAAAAUAAUUCACUUAAUGGUUGGGUCAAUUGUAUCCUUACAACAGAUGGGAAGGCAAUCUAAAUUACCUAUAUAACUGAACUCAUUAUAAAAUGCAACUAAGAUUGCUUAAAAGUUGGUGGGGACAAUUUGAGAAUCCUGAAAAGUUGGUAGUGUUAUGUCCCUACCGUCCCUAUGCAAACCUACGCCCUUGCAAUAAAUGUAAAAAUCCUCAAAGUUACUGAUUGCACUGGUGGAAGUAGAUGAAAAAUGGUCUUACACAAUUUAUUAUUUUAGGGGUUUAAAGAGCAGUCAGGAGGUGUGGUAUCUGCUUUUGUUAGUCAUUCUUUUUUUUAAAAAACUGAUGCCUUGUUUUCAAAAUUAGAAGCAAGUAAAAUUGUUCCAUUCAAGAACGAUUCCAUUGAUUUUAAAACAUGUACUGGUAAAAAAUGCUUACAAUAUCUCAAUGUUUUUGAAAGUGCUGACAAUUUGAAAAGUUGCUAUUUUAGCAAAAAACCAUGAAGCUCCUGCGCAUGGUUUGCUUUUACGGCCACACAAAAUCAUGUGGCGGACCGCUUAUGUCCUCCAGACCUUGAGUUUGACACCUUUGUUUGAUAAUAGAGAUAAUAAUAAUAAUAGAUAAGAUGGAUAAUAAUAAUGUUCACAUUUGAAUUUUAGAGAACCAAUCCUUCAACAAUGUUUGAAGAGUUGUGUGAAAUGCACUUUGUAUAUAUAAUUUAAACUUGAUUUCAGCUCAUUUAAACUGCCCCAAAAGUCCACCCUGUUUUACCAAUGGGGCGAUGUGUGACACACAUUCGUUUCAAUAUUUUAAAGAAUUCAUGGUCCUUACUACUGUGCUCUGAAUGUAAAACUUAUUUGGAGAAUUAACCAAAUUUUAUUGCUGUGAUUUAAUGGCAUAUUAGAGAUAGGUUUUACUAUCAUUAUGCUUUU